AUGACUCUCCCCAAACCCUCCCUCAGCGAACUUAUGAACAUGGUGAAAGCCAACAUCAGAAGCUACCGCGCAGAACAAGCCGCCCAGGUCGCGGCCGCCGGCGGCAUCGCUCCUCCUAGAACAUCCCCCUUGUCCCUCGUCAAGAUGGCCGCCAUCUCUGAAGGGAUUGAAUACACCUCACGCACGGCGGACCAAGAAGUCGACACUGUCGCCAUAUGCCCGUCCCACCCGGAAUAUAUAAUCAUCGGGACGUACUCGCUGCUCAAGAAGGACGAACCAUGCGACUACACCGGGCAGACACGACGCGGGUCCCUCCAGGUCAUGACCGUCAUGUCGACAUUCAAGCCGAAAUACGCGGGCAUGCGGCGACCCUUGUUGGACAGGGUGGAUUUCCCCUGCGCCGUGUUGGACAUUCAUUUUCAUCCUAACGACGACACGCUCCUGGGAGUCGCCACGAGCAAUGCUGCGGUCCAUUUCUUCCGAUUCGUCGUCUACGGCGACGUGCUCGGACGGCGCAUCGUUGGCAAACUACUCUCCCUAGGAUCCGUCCGGGUGGCGGAAAACGAUGAACACGGUCUAGUACCGCUGGUCACGCAAUUUACUUGGUUCCCAGAGACGCGCACGCACGGGGUGGUCGGGAUCAGCGACGUGAUUGACGUGGGCUUCGUGGCGACGACGAGUUUUGGUCAGACGAGAGUCGUAACACUCUCCCUCCCGGCGGUCAAGGACCUCUUCGACGAGAGAUUGGAUCGACCCCUUCAACUGCUAAUACCUCGCUCGAACGAGGUCGUCCACACACACGAGCUGGAAGCUUGGACCGUCGCGGCCGUCGAUUUGGGUGGGACAGCAGGACAUGACAGCAGAAGUAAACCUUCUCGAGUGAUCCUCAGUGGCGGCGACGACAGCGCCCUGAUCGCCUCUUCAGUCUCCCUACCAGCCAACGCCACCUCCGCCUAUCCUUCGACAUCGGACUCACCAUUACUAUCCUCCUGCGACACUCUGUGUCCUGACGCCAAGCUCCUCUGGAAAGACCGCCGCACCCAUACCGCAGGAGUGGUAGCGAUACUCCCCCUCUCGCCCACUUCCAUACACAACGGCAAGAACGGCGACGACGAUGACAGAAAAGACAUCGUCCCGCUCCUCACCGGCAGCUACGACGAGUUCAUCCGCGUGUUCGAACUCGACACUAAAACCCACCGCGCGAGCUUCAAGACGGACCUGAGGCUCGACGGCGGCGUGUGGCGACUCAAGGUCCUCGACGAGUACUCGACCACGCCGAGAGACAGAGACCAGGACACCGCCCGGCAGCACCACACGCUCAUCCUCGCGUCACUGAUGCACGCCGGCGCCGCCAUUCUGCGCGUCACGCACGCGGCGGACACAUCCGGCUCAUCCCCCUCCGACGACACAUGGACCAUCACCCCGGUCAAGGUCUGCCGGGCCGGCCACGAAAGCAUGGUCUACUGCUGCGACGCGCGGCUCGACAACGGACGCACCGAGAGGGACAACCCACGCGCUCAACUCCACGAGGGUAAAGAACCCGUGCGAGAAGGUGUCAGUCCCGCAAAAGAAGAAGCGCCGGCGUACACGAUCGUCAGUACCAGCUUCUACGACAUGAAGAUAUGCACGUGGAAGUUUGUGGAUGAUUUCAAGGUCCAGAACAAGUGA